AUGUAUCCAGUGGUGGUAUCACAGCAGGGAUCAUCAUCUGUGUCAGUUUCAGCACAACCAAUUGGUUGUGGCUUAUUCGAGGACCAAUACCCUUUUCAACCAAUCCUGGCAUCCUUAUUCGAACUGACGUAGUGUAGUUGAAAAUCCUAUCAGCACUAGUAAGCGGUUUGUUCACUGCAAUGGAAUGUUCCAAUCCUUCGUAAUGUUCCAAUUAUGGAAGUAUGGCUUAUUGCUAUGACGUCCUGAGCAGACAGUUCGACCAUCUUUUCUGCGGCAUAUUACAGUGAGCUUGAAGCUUCUCUUCUUCUUGGUUUCACUAGAUGAUAAGUCGUCGAUAACACGGAAAUAUAACGCGCGAUUCAUCUGAAUACCGACAGACAACAUGAUCAGCACACGACUCUCCCUGUUAGCGAUACUGGCGCUCUUCGUAACAGCUGCGCAGAGCGCCUCCGUCAGUUUCACGAACGGCUUGCCAGCAAACAGCAUCAUGGAUGAAGGGACAACGUUCGAAGUGAAGUGGAGCUGGGACGGCGGCAAACAGGCCACGGGCCAGCUGGUUUUGACCACGUUUACCCAGAAUAACAUGAACAGCGCCGUGAACACCACCUUAGAAGAUAAACUCAACCUAGCUCAAGAAAGCUAUUCCUGGGUCGUGAUGACGUCAAAGGGUCACAAAUCGCUGGACUGGUACUACAGAUUCAGCAUCAUAUACAAUGGAGAUGCGAGUCAGGCGUCUGGUCGUGCUUUCAGGAUCAAUACUGCAUCUUCUACAUCUAGUACUGCUGGCACUGGAACGGCGACCAAUUCUCCUGGAACCUCAAAAGAUCCGUCGGGUGAAUCAUCAUCGUUGAGCGGGGGAGUCAUCGCGGGUAUAGUCGUCGGGUCUGUGGCCGGCGUGGGCAUACUUGCCGCGCUAGUCGGACUUGUAUUAUACUAUAGACGGAAAUCACGGCGUGGAGAGACGAAGGGGACAGAUCUGCCGGCCCCGAAACUCGGGGCCGACACUGCGAUCAGUUCUACUCCAGAAACUAGGGACGGCGCUAGCCUGGGUAUAGCGGCAGCGACAGCGAUGCCACAGUAUCAGAAGGCAGAACUAGAUGCCGCGGAACGGCAGAGCAUAUCUUACGAGCUUGAGGCCCGGCCGAUCUCGUCUAGCGGAAUGACGCGGCCUUAGCUCAAAUCAACCACUAGGGCGGAACUUGCUGGGGAUAUCUCAAACGAGGGCGGGAGAGCUUCGAAGUGAUGAAUAUCGUGCAAACAGCCAUCAUGCGAUUUCACCGAAGCAAUGAGAAUAGGUGUUCAGCUAUUCAAUGGCGAGCGAGCGAGCGACUAG